AUGCUGCUGUCCCUGGUGCUCCACACCUACUCCAUGCGCUACCUGCUGCCCGGCGCGCUGCUCCUGGGCUCGGCGCCCACCUACCUGCUGGCCUGGACGCUGUGGCGGCUGCUGUCGGCGCUGCUGCCCGCCCGCUUGUACCAGCGCGUGGACGACCGACUCUACUGCGUCUACCAGAACAUGGUGCUCUUCUUCUUCGAGAAUUACACCGGGGUGCAGAUAUUAAUAUAUGGAGAUUUGCCAAAAAAUAAAGAAAAUGUAAUAUAUUUAGCAAAUCAUCAAAGCACAGUUGACUGGAUUGUUGCAGAUAUGCUGGCCGCCAGGCAGGGUGCUCUUGGACACGUGCGCUACGUUCUGAAAGACAAGUUAAAGUGGCUUCCAUUGUAUGGCUUUUACCUCGCUCAGCAUGGAGGGAUUUAUGUAAAGCGAAGUGCCACAUUCAAUGAGACAGACAUGAGACGCAAGCUGCACAGCUACGUGAGCACAGGAACCCCAAUGUAUCUUGUGAUUUUUCCAGAAGGAACAAGGUAUAAUCCAAUGCAGACGAAAAUCCUUUCAGCUAGUCAAGCAUUUGCUGCUCAACGGGGACUUCCAGUAUUAAAACACGUGCUGACACCAAGAAUAAAGGCAACUCACGUUGCUUUUGAUUCUAUGAAGAGUAAUUUAGAUGCAAUUUAUGAUGUCACAGUGGUUUACGAAAGGAAAGAUAAAGGGCCAGGAAAAAAGUCACCAUCCAUGACUGAAUUUCUCUGCAAACAGUGUCCAAAACUCCAUAUUCACAUUCAUCGCAUAGACAAAAAUGAAGUCCCAGAGGAACAAGAACAUAUGAAGAGAUGGCUUCACGAGCGCUUUGAGAUAAAGGACAAGUUGCUCAUAGAAUUCUAUGACUCACCGGAUCCAGAAAGAAGAAACAGAUUUCCUGGGAAAGGUGUUCACUCCAGACUAAGUGUCAAGAAGACUUUACCGUCGAUGUUGGUCCUAGGUAGCCUGACUGCUGGCUUGCUCCUGACUGAAACUGGGAGGAGACUGUAUGUGGGCACCUGGGUAUAUGGAACCCUUCUUGGCUGCCUGUGGUUUGUUGUUAAGGCGUGAGGGGUACAGGCCCCAGUCGCUGCCCCCCAUUGUCGCUGCACAUCAUAUUUCCUGGAUAAGACGUUUCAAUAAAGCCUUGUUGAUUAAACACUGA